AUGACUUCAGAGACUGGCGACAGGCCCUCCAAGAGAGCCAAGCUCGACGACGACGACGACAUGGAUUACUUCUUCUAUCGGCGCGAAGGCAACCCCACUGUUAGUCUCGGAUACAUACCUCGUUCCCCUUUGGAAACUAGGAACCAGUUCAGACGCCAGGUCGCCGAGGACUUGGGCGAGGAAGAGAAAGACCUGGAUAUGUGGAUGCUACGUGAAGAGCGUCCUGGUACCAAAGAAGAGGCGGAUGGGCUCCGUAACACCCUGGAGCAGACUGCCCUGGACGAAGUUGCCGAACUGGUGGAGUCGGGUCCGCGUCCCUUAACGGGCGUGGACCGCGACGCUGUCAAGCUCCUGAUCACGCUUCCUGCUGCCGAAUGGUAUGAGGAAGUCUACCGCCGAGUGUGGACGGAGCAGGAGAAUCCCUUCGAAGAACAGGAUGGUGUUUCCUACGUCCGCGAUGACAUCCACCGCCUUUUUCCACAAUCCGCCUUCAAGGUGAUUGUUCGCGAGGAGUACGUGAAACUGUGGGAUUAUCUUGCUGGGAACACGACAAAUCUUGUUGUCAUCGGCCAACCCGGUAUCGGCAAAACCGUUUUCCUCGAAUGGGCCUUGCUGAAAGCCCUGUCCCUCCAACAACCGGUGGUCUUUGGCGUUACGACUGAUGUCUUUUAUCAUUUCACAGCCACUAGAGCCAAGGAGGUGUCGCCGAAGUCCCUAAACAGAGUGCCGCCUAAGACACUGGCUCUUUUUGAUACACUCUCCAAUAUCAAGAGCCAUCUACCCGGCGUCAAGAAACUUCACACCGUCCUCGCCUGCUCUCCGAACUUGGACCACUAUAGGUUGUAUCAGAAGGAGCUGAACGCCCAGUUUUGGCCCAUGGAGUGUUGGUCGGAGAAAGAGGUUCUGUUUCUUCCACGGGGCCGCGAUGGGUUGUAUGACCCGAUAGACAUCUUUCGAUUCCUAGGACCAUCCGCACGUGCAUGCAUGAAGUCAAUCAAGCGGAAGCAAGGCCUAGCGAAGGACAUAGCGAAGUCGCCUCACGAGAUCCAAAUACUUCCCGCCCACAUGGAAAAUAUCGUGGAUGCGUUCCGGAAGUUCUCCGCCACCGAUGUGCCUUUUGCCGUAUACUUCCAUCAAUAUUUCUUUGUAGAACGCACCGAAACAGAUCGGCCAGCAGACAACCUCGAGGAGGUCGCCAAAUGUUCCAUUCCAACGCCAUACCUCCGUUCCCGAGUUGCUCAAGCCAUCGCAGCUGCUCAGCAAGAUCAGCGUCAGGCCAUGUUCGAGGCGAUGUCCCCGCUUGGAGGCCUUGCCGGACCCGUUUUCGAGACGUUGGCCUUGACUUGGUGCACUCUCGAGCCACUCCUCUGUACGCUCAACGAUGAACUCCUGAACUUCACCCUUCCUUCCCUCGACCAUGCCGUCUUUGACGGAUCAUCGCGGCUCUAUGACACUCACAACCGGCUCUUCCUUCCACCUGCGGGCUUCCCUACCAUCGACGCCUUCGUGGUCACAGUGGACGCUUCCGGGGUGCUUCAUGUUGUCUUUCUGCAUGUCACUAUCUGCAGAACGCACCAGAUGCGAGGCGGGGGCAUCGGGAAGGUCAUACGGGCGCUCUUCGGCGUACCAGAGCCGCCGACGGACGUCCGCCUCUCCUUCGUCUUCGUGGUCCCCAAUGAAGAUGUUGGCAAGACAUUGGCGCAUCGCUUCGGCACAACCACAAGACAUCGUUGCUCCUCCAAGAAAUCGGUUGAUAUAGGCGUAGGAUAUGCCGUCGUUGCGCAGCACAUCCUUACAGACUCGGAGCGGGUUACGGCGGGAGAGGUCGAGUCUAGGCUGCAAUCCGACUACCCAGAAACGGCUGUGACCGAGUCCGAUGAGGAUGGAGGCGCGUCGGCUUGA